CCCCCUUCUCAUCGUGUGUUCCUUUCGUUUUUCUGCUGCAUUUGUCUUAGAAUUUUGCUGAAAUUACCCGCAUUGGGGUUAUUUUAGGAUGAGUGGAUCGAUUCUGCGGCUAGUUAGGCCUUUGUGCGAGGCCUCGGCCGGUUUGGGCCAGUGCAGGAGGAGUCUGAAAACGGUGCACAUCGAGUGGAAGCGUCCCGAAAAGCCGGGGUGCACGCAUCCGAAGGUGAGCGGCGACCUGUCGCCGCUGCCCAAGAUCGACGGCGAGGAGGUCUUCAGGGAGUACGCCGAGGCCGGCGUCAACCUGCAGGACAUGUCGCCCGAGCAGCGCAAAUUGUACACUCUCAAGUUCUUGCCGGCGGUCUACCAAAACCGGACGCAGCUGCAGCGGAUGCUGGAAAAGGUGCAGCGCCACAAGCUGGACAACAACUCCAUCGAGGCCAAAAUCGCGCUGUCGACGGCGCGCAUCAGACGGUUUCAGCAGUUGCAAGAGACCGACCCCAGAAACAAAAGGCGAAAGGUGAUUCUGAAGGAAAUGAUCGACAGGAGAAGAGGGUACCUCGACGAUUUGAGGGAAAUUGAUUACAAACGCUUCGAGUGGCUCAUCGAAAAGCUCGAAAUUGAGUAUAGACCAAAGCCGGAAGACAACAGUAGGAUCACGCGGAAGAACUCGAUCAGAAAGUUGACCGAGGAGUACUGCGAAAAGGUGAGAGAGGAAAAACUGGACGAGUUGAAAAACAAACUGCAGCGAGAGCGGGAGAAAUUCGAGGUUGAAAAGAAGCAGAUUUUGGAGUGGAUCGAGAAGGAAGAGGCCGCGUGUGAAAAACUCAGGCAACUCAAUUUGCAAUGAUUCAAAUUUAAUUAAGGUAGUGUUCGACGAGGUUCAAUUGAAAGUGUGAAAAUUUCACAAAAUAAAUGAUAAUUUUGACAUUUA